AUGAUAGAGUUGCAGGAAAUACCUCCAGAACCAAUAGAUCCUACUAGUCUUCCUCAAUAUGAUGGUACGGGCGCCCCCAAAGGGGAGAGUGAUUCUGACGGGAGGAGGAAGAUAUUUGGCAUUCCGUAUCCAAUUUCUAAGAAAUCAUGCCAAAACUUCCUUUGGAACUGUCAAAAGAUUUCGGUUCUGCCUAUGGCGUUAUAUUUCCCAUUGCACGCAAUAAACACUUUGGUUACACCAGCCAUUUCGCCUGACUCCGCUCCUGACGAUGUGCUAAUGAUGGUGAGGGAGAUUUUACCGUCAAUAACCACCAAACUGCUAGUUAGUGCUCUGACACUCCAUGUUUCCGCUGGUGUCUUACUCCGUAUUGUAAGGAACUGGAACAAUUCGUCAAGGAAGACAGAUAAGCACUUAAAGAUAUCUGCUAAGCAAGAUCUAUCCCAAGACAAAAUUGGAUUAACGGGUGGAGUGUAUGGCUAUUUGUUCGGAUUGUACAAGAAUUUCCGAAUAUCACCGCAAGUAAUUAGCGGUUAUAUCCUUACUCCGGUACUGAUAUAUCACCUAUUGAUUAUGAAAUGGAUUCCAUGUUCUCUUUCCACUGAAGUUGAUUUCGCCUCCAUAAAGCAGCUGCUAUCUAGCAAGAAUGGGUGGUGGAAAUGGCUUGGAGGCUUUAUUCCAUUGGCCGUUCUUAUUGAGUCAAGCGUAUAUCAUAUAGGUUCAGGAUUCUGCCGCUAUCUCGGUAUCAAAAAAAUGAGUAGUAGAAAGAAUUGGUCCACAGCUAUCAACCUACUGUCGCUAGCUGGGUUCAUUUCCGUGAUAAGAUUGAUGAGAGCAGAUUCUACAAGAUUGGGACCUAACCAGUUUGAAAGUAUUUUCAAGAAGAUUGGAUUGUUGCUGCGGAAAAGAUAG